CGAGGAGCCGCCUCCCCUCUUACCCCUCCUCCGCCCACCCUGCCCCGGCGCGCCCGCCGGCCCCGACCGACGCGCCCGACGGACGGACGCCGCUGCGCCGCCGCCCCGGCUCCCCCAGCGCGGCCAGGUUGUUACUGGCAGAAGAACCAGGAUUCAGAUCUCAGUGGAACUUGGUUUCAAAAGCUGUUGAAACAAAGGACUGCUUUCUAAUUUGGACAUGGCUAAUCGAGGAGCAACAAGGCCCAACGGGCCAAAUGCUGGAAAUAAAAUUUGCCAAUUCAAACUAGUACUUUUAGGAGAGUCUGCAGUUGGCAAAUCAAGUUUGGUGCUUCGUUUUGUAAAAGGACAGUUUCAUGAAUUUCAAGAAAGUACGAUUGGAGCUGCUUUUCUAACCCAGACUGUAUGUCUGGAUGAUACAACGGUAAAAUUUGAAAUUUGGGAUACAGCUGGCCAAGAGCGGUACCACAGUUUAGCACCCAUGUACUACAGAGGAGCACAAGCAGCUAUAGUGGUAUACGACAUUACAAACGAGGAGUCCUUUGCCAGAGCGAAAAAUUGGGUCAAAGAACUUCAGCGACAAGCAAGUCCUAAUAUUGUAAUAGCUUUAGCAGGAAACAAAGCUGAUCUAGCUAACAAAAGAGCUGUGGAUUUCCAGGAAGCACAGGCUUAUGCAGAUGACAACAGCUUAUUGUUCAUGGAGACAUCUGCCAAAACAUCUAUGAACGUAAAUGAAAUAUUCAUGGCAAUUGCAAAAAAAUUGCCCAAGAAUGAACCACAGAAUGCAGGAGCCAGCUCUGCCAGAGGAAGAGGAGUAGACCUUACUGAACCCACACAACCACCCAAGACUCAAUGUUGUAGUAACUAAAAGAUCAAUUGCUUUAAACUGUUCUGAAUAUUCUUCUGCUUCCUAACUGUUAAUAACCAUGGAAUUGGAGUGCUUAACCUGGUCCAGUACAGCUUCCAAACAGCGAAGAGACUUACGAUAAUAGUCAAGUUCAUGAUACAGAGUUUUUUUUUCACCUAAAAUUUUAACAUGCAUGUAUCCACCACUGGCUGUAAUGUUUCAGCAGUAGAGGAGAGAUGGAGGUGGAAUAAACUUCCUUCACUUGAAAGGUUUUAAAAUUCAGUUGUUAUUAUUAGGGGUGUAGAAGAACUACUUUCUGUGGACCUAAUUGGCCAGUUCCUGUAGCCUCAGUACUGAUCACUGUUAUAAUAAAUAGAAUUGGGUCUUUCCAUAAUUCUCAACUGUGCUUUAAAACCUCCUUAGAAACAGGGUCUAAAAAUUACUUAAACUCAAUUGCAGUAUUGAUGCAACCACUUGUUUCUGCAGGUAUCCACUGUUUAGUUAUACAUUCCAUAGGUUAAUAAUUUUAUUACAAAUAAUACAUUAACAAAUUUAAGAAAUCCUAUGCUUGUCAGAAAGUGGAGUUUUAGUUGGUACACUGUAUGUAAAUUAUAUCAACCCAGUUAGUUAUCUUAAUGAAUUAGUGAUGAAUCAAGUCUAACUUAAUUUCUAAUCUGUUCAGAGGGUACAGACCAGUAAAUUCAACUCUACAACUUAGAAUAUGGGGGUUUUUGUCCUCUACAAACUGUAAGAGCUCUUCAAGUAAAACCACAACAAACUCGGUGUCUGUGACUUCUUUCUUGUUUCUGAUCAUUGCUGGCCAUUACAGUUUGUUUUUCCCCUAAGGAAAAAAAAAAUAGUGCACUAACGAUUAUGUACAUCCAACUUGAUUUUAAAUUUGGAUAUUAAUGUACUGUAAAUAGGUACUCUGCAUUGUAGUCUACAUUUGUUUAAUACUUUCUGUAAUAUUUAAGAGUUGCUUAAAGGUAUACAGAAUGUACAGUUACUUAAAGCUAACUUUUUUCCUCUCUAAUCAAAGGGGGUUCUGAGUUCUUCCUUUAUGGCUAGAACAGUAAUAAAUGAUGCUCCUGUAUCUGUAACAUAAGUACUGCUGUCUGUCAGUAAUGAACAUCGCAACUUUGUUUUCCAAAGUACAUUUUAUUUUGAUCAGUCCAGUAUAUUGCACUAAUUCUUUUAGUUAUUUUCAUUAUAUGAAAUCUACAAAGUGUGUCAGAAGAGAUGAAUUAGUCUAUUUAAAUGUUGAACUGAUAGAAACUUACUUGUGCAGAUUUUAAAUUUGCAGUAAUCUGGGUUUAGCAAGAAAAAUGACAGUUCACCAGUGUUUAGUUUUAUAUUGAGGUGCUCAGGUUUGAAUAAAGUGGUUUAAAAAAAUUUUGAUUACUGGUUCUUAUUGAGAGUUUCAGGAGGUUUUAUCACAUUUGUACAGUUCCAGACAAGAUGUCUGAUUCACUGUAUGGGUCAGCAUUUAAGAUGCUUACAAUAAAUUUAUGGCACAGCUAAA